GGUUUAGUCACUCUUGUUUAUCGUUUCCGAAGCACUGCAACCUCACACCAAGGAGGCAACCCUAUCGCUAGUAUCCAAACACCACUAUAAACUUGACCUACCCUCUCACCAAGAGAAUAGUAUCCUUUUUCUUAUUGGGUCAAGUCUAGAAAUGUGUUACUAGUUAUUGGACUACAAUGUUGACCAACAAAUACCCAACAACUUUGCCUAAUUCUCUUCCUUCUCUUGUCAUAAUCAACUUUGUUGAAAACUUGAUGGGCUUCUUUCUAGCCUAUGGCUUGACAACUUUUGUCAUUCUAUGCUCAAUGUUUUUCUCAACUUCUAAUGUGAAACUCUCUUCACUACUUCCUUAAAGAAUCAACAAGCAUUUGAGGGAAAAGAAGAAGAAAUUGAGGAAACAAUAGACAAAAUCAGAUAGAUAGGAUCAUAGGAAGAGAAGAAGAACAAUGGGUAGAGCCAUUAGGAAGAAAUCAAGAGAGUUUAGAUCAUAUUUACCUAUCUAUUACUCUAACAGCAUUUACUAUUUAUACUAUUUAAGCAAAUUUCUCUUUCUUUUGCUUUUCAUUCUUCUAAUUAAGUAAAAGAAUGUACCAAGUAAAACCCAACUCCAAAAUUAUCCGAAAUUUCAAGUAUAUUAUAUAGCCUGUUAUUGUAUCUUUGUCUGAAUUUGAAUAUGUUUGGAAACAUUUUUCAUUUGUCAAUUGUCAAAUGAGAUAAUGUUAUUAAGCUAUAAAAAUGUUUCCCAAUGACCUGGUCAAUGUUUAAUUACACAUUCUUUUUUACUAAACUAAUAUUAAUAAUAAUUAUUAGUGUUUAUAUAUUGAAACAUACUUUAUAGUAAAUAUGAUAGAAUGAGAUUGAUCCUCCAAAGAAAGACAGAGACAGACAAUGGAGAUCUGUUUGUAGCCGUUGGAACAGUGAUGACGUGUCCUUCUGAAAGUCUUGCAAUUUCAGACAAAAAUCGUUUCCUCCGCCUUGCUUCCCGCUGUAUUCCCUCUCUCUGACCCACACAGGAAACAAUUUUGGGUUGCAGAUGAAUUCCAUUUUCAUUUUCUGUUGUAGGUUCUUCUUACCAGCAGCAGCAUUUUCUCGACAAAAAUUCAAAACUCACCCACGGCCCCGACUCUUCCCCAGUUCCCGAGGAAGGAGGGAGGAAUUGGGGAAUAAUUACAUUGAUAUUAUUCUCUUCAAUUUUCAUUUUUCUCCAGGUGAAUUGAAGAAAAAGAACCAUGAACACUGCUGGAGUUUCUUCCAGGACUAGAAGCAUCUCCUCCAACACCUCUUCCCAACCCAGGAAGAAGGCCUCCGAUCUCAAUGUAGCCAUUGAUUCUUCCAGAAGAUCUCUUUCCACUCCUCGUUCAAUGGGACUAAUGGGAGAGCGAACUGUUAAACGUUUGCGUCUGUCUAAAGCAUUGACGCUUCCAGAAACCACUACCAUAUAUGAAGGCUGUCGUAGAUUGAUUGCUCGACGAGUCGAUGCCUUGUUACUGACCGAUUCCAAUGGCUUACUCUGUGGAAUAUUAACUGCCAGGGACAUUGCGACAAAGGUCAUUGCUUGUCGAUUGAAUUUGGAGGAAACUCCGGCUUCAAAGGUUAUGACUAGGAAUCCAACCUUUGUACUCUCCGAUACCCUUGCUGUCGAGGCCUUGCAGAAGAUGGUACAAGGGAGCUUCAGACAUCUCCCGGUUGUGGAGAAUGGGGAAGUUAUAGCCUUGCUCGAUAUCGCAAAAUGCUUGUACGAUGCUAUCUCUCGUAUGGAGAGGGCAGCUGAAAAGGGAAAGGCGAUUGCUGCAGCUGUUGAGGGAGUUGAAAAACAUUGGGGGACAUCUAUUUCUGGUUCAAAUACGUUCAUGGAAACGCUAAGGGAGCGCGUGUUGAGGCCAUCGCUGUCGACGAUCAUUCCUGACAAUUCAAAGAUUGUAACACUAACGACGAAAGAAACUGUUCUGACCGCGGCUAAGAAGAUGCUAGAAUCUCAAGUGAGCGCUGCCAUCGUAACAGUCGAUAGUAAACCGAAAGGAAUCCUAACUUCUAAGGAUAUGUUAAUGCGGAUGGUCGCCCAAAAUCUUCCUCCAGCAACCACCUUAGUCGAGAAGGUGAUGACGCAAAAUCCAGAAUGUGCGAGAUUAGACACACCGAUUAUCGACGCUCUUCAUAUAAUGCACGACGGAAACUUCUUACACCUUCCUGUUAUCAAUAAAGAUGGAAUUGCAGUUGCUUUGCUUAAUGUUCUCCAAAUAACUCAAUCUGCUGUUUCAACUGUCGGAGGCAACGAUGGAAUGGGUUCUAACGAAUUGGGAAGCAAUCUAAUGCAGAAAUUCUGGGAUUCCGCCCUGCAGUUAUCUCAAGGGGAUGAAGAAGAUGAUGCAAUAAGUAACAACUCGAUGAAACUAGCUGAAGCAUCUGAUGCAGUGGCUCAACUUCAAUACUCACCAGGACAAACAAACAAGUUUGCGUUUAAAGUCCAAGACAAGAAGGGAAUAAUGUACAGGUUUAAUUGUGAAACUGGGAGUUUGAGAGAUCUUGUAGCUGCCAUUCUUCAGAGAAUGGGGAACGAAAUUAGCUGCAAUAGCAUGCCUCAGAUUUUCUACGAGGAUGAAGACCAUGACAAGGUUGUCCUUGCCUCGGACAACGACCUUGCAGCUGCAGUAGACCAUGCUCGUUUAGCCGGUUGGAAGGGACUACGGCUACAUUUAGAUUACUCGGGUUGGGGAAGAAGUUCGGUGGCUGUAGAAUCGAAAGGAGGAGGAGACUACUCGACGAUUGGUUUGGCAUGUGUAACGGGGGCAAUGCUGAUCGUUGGAUUGGGUGUUGUAACCUACUAUAGGAGAUGUCGAAAUUAAAUAUUCACAACUUUAUUAUUACUUACUAUUAUUGUUGUUUAAUAUGAAUAUUCCUAUCCUUUUCAUAUAAUUGUCAAAACUAUUUUGGGUUG